CUAUGUGACCAUGAAAAGAAAAGCGGAAAGGAAACUUGGGCGUGAAUUGACGAUUCAUGAAGCGUUUAAGCAAUCACACUGCAGGAAAGGAAGUCGACCAUUGGAUAAAGAUCUAAGUUGUAGCAAUUCACUACUUUUGGAAGUUGAUUCGGAAGGGGACACUCAAGAAGAAAAUCUUGUAUGGGUUGAUGCUAGGGCAGAGGAGACUUGGGUUAAAUAUGAAGGUUUUCUUGAGGAGAAGUAUGGGAAAGAACGUAAUAAACAUCCAAAAUUUGACAAAGACUUGUGGUCACGAGCUGAGGGCAAGAAUAAAGGAAAAGGGUACGGGUUAGGCAAUGAUAGUGACCCGUGUGUACAUAGCAGAGAAGACCCUGAGGUAUUUUUAAUCCUUUUAGACUAAUAACUUUUAUGCAUUUGUAUCGUUUCCCACUGUUAUUAUGU